AUGUUAAAGGUAUUCGCUGUUAUCGUUCUCCUCGUCCUCCCUACUUGGAUCGAUGCAGGUGGACCCGGCGGAGGAGGGGGAUACGGAGGCGGUAGAGGAGGUGGAGGCUUUGGUGGUGGUGGUGGCCCAGGUGGCUAUUCUGGAGGUGGUAAAAGAGGCGGAGGCGGAGGAGGUGGUGCCGGAGGAUAUGGUGGUGGAGGAAGAGGAAGCUUUGGUGGCCAGGGAGGUUACAGUGGUGGCGGACAAGCCACUGGAUUCGGUGGCGGACAAGGAGGUUACGGUGGAGGAGGAAGAGGUGGCGGCGGCGGUGGAGCUGGAGGAUACGGAGGAGGUGGUAGAGGCGGUGGUGCCGGAGGAUACGGAGGCGGAGGAGCUGGAGGAUUCGGAGGUGGUGGUGCUGGAGGAUACGGAGGUGGUGGUUUUCCACCCCAACCUUACCAGUUCGGUUACGACGUUAAAGAUGAAUUUGGAAACACUCAUUACCGUCAAGAACAAGGCGAUGAAUCCGGAGCCGUUAAAGGAUCAUAUGGCUACACUGAUGCAAAUGGUGUCUACAGGCAUGUUGAAUACCGUGCAGAUGCUAAUGGUUUUACNAAAAUUAUAUUCUUAAUUUAA